GUCUUGUGACUCUGUUCAUCGCAGCCUGCUCGUUGGUGGUUGUUUUUUUUUUUUGUGCUUUUGUGCCGUAAUUGUAAAUACAGACAGCACCACCCCCUCCAGCCCCCAGCUGCGCGGCCGCGCUGUGUUACCCCACGGGACUCGCUCUUCCGCGUCGCCGGGGUAUAUAAACCGCUGCCGGGUCUGACGAGCAGUUAUCCGACGGAGCUUCGCCUCGCCAUGGCCGGCCAGCUGUUCCUCGCCCUGUGCCUGUGCCCCGCCGUGCUCGCCGGGCUCCACUUCAACGAGAAGCAGCCGUGCUACCGGCCCAUGUCCAGGGGAGACCUCCCCGGAGUCCAGUCCGGCCCCCGGCCCCACCAGUACCUGAGCUUGUCCGACCUGCCCAAGGCCUGGGACUGGCGCAACGUCAAUGGCACCAACUACGUCAGCACCACCCGCAACCAGCACAUCCCCCAGUACUGCGGCUCGUGCUGGGCCCACGGCAGCACCAGCGCCCUGGCAGAUCGCAUCAACAUCAAGAGGAAGGGCGCCUGGCCGUCGGCUUACCUCUCCGUGCAGAACGUGAUCGACUGUGGCGACGCGGGGUCCUGCGAGGGCGGCGAUCACUCGGGGGUGUGGCAGUACGCACACACCCACGGGAUCCCCGACGAGACCUGCAACAACUACCAGGCCAAAGACCAGGACUGCAAGCCGUUUAACCAGUGCGGGACCUGCACCACCUUCGGCGUGUGCAACGUCAUCAAGAACUACACGGUGUGGAAGGUGGGCGACUACGGGCCCGUCAGCGGCCGAGAGAAGAUGAUGGCCGAGAUCUACGCCCGGGGGCCUAUCAGCUGCGGGAUCAUGGCCACGGCGAAGUUGGACGCCUACACGGGGGGGCUGUACUCCGAGUACAACCCUCAGCCCUACAUCAACCACAUCGUGUCGGUGGCCGGCUGGGGGCUGGACGAGAACGGGGCGGAGUUCUGGAUCGUUCGGAACUCCUGGGGAGAGCCCUGGGGCGAGAUGGGCUGGCUGAGGAUCGUCACCAGCGCCUACAAGGGAGGCUCGGGCAGCCAGUACAACCUGGCGGUGGAGGAGGACUGCUACUACGGCGACCCUAUGCUGCCCAAGCACUACAGAUAGAGGGCCAGGUGCUCUUUGCAGGUAUGUUGGGAAAUGCUUCCUUUCCAGAACACGCAUCCUUUAUAGUGGCCAUAACACUACCUGAACAGUCUCCGGUGGGAGGAGAGGAAGGGCAGUGUCUUCCAGACUCGCAGGUCACACAGCAGCAUUCGUCCUGACUUGGGUGUUUAAAACCACACUAAAGUGCAAAUGAACACGCUGCAAAAUGAUUGCUUUUAAAGCCACUAUACACUUUUUUUUUAAGAUUCUGACACACUUCCUAGCAUACGCUCUGCCAAAGAUCAAUCAUGGAUGCAUUUUUCUGAAGAGGGCAUUUUCUGACAUUAAACUGACAAGCAUUGCAGUAAUCAUAAAGCCACAGUACAAAGAAUCAGUUUAAGAAGAAGAGUUAAGCCUGGUUUUACUCUUGUUUUAAUUUGAUUUUAAGUUUUGCUAUGCAGUUAUCAAAAGGAAUAUUUUAUCGUGUUUACAGAACCAAUGCCUUUUCUAUUUUUUUAGAAGAACAAAUGUCUUAACUUUGAAUGGCACUGAUUUUGUUGUGUAAGGGGAAAUGUACUAUUGCACUUUCUUUUGUUUCUGGGAACAAGCUCUCUGCAUGGGUAUGACUAUUUAGGACUAUUUGGUGAUACUGACAUUCAACAGCAGAGGAAAAACAUUUGUUUUUAAAUGUGGAUGCAAUUAAACCUAAGCCUUACAUUUUAGAAGCAUAGAAUUCAAUCUCAUUUGCCUUGAACCUGCCCUGGCUGUGGAGAGGAGUCCUUCAGAACAAAUGUCAUAGCUGACCUCUGGGAUGCAGCAGAGGUUAGGCAACUGUUCGAUCUAGAUCAUGUGCCUUGUUUUACAACUGCAUAAGGAAAACUAUGGGAAGAAAAUCACUGGUGUUAUUUUGACUGCAAUAAAACAUGAGUGAAAGUCA